AUGUUUUUCAAAAAAAAAAUCAAAUUUUCAGAACCGAAUUGCUGGUUUUUAGAAGAAAUAGUCAGUUAUGAAACUAUCUCGAAAUGGCCAAGAAAUUGCACCGAGAUCUGUGGUAAAAUGAUAUUCAAUCAAUAUUCGGAUAUUCCGGUUUUCGAACUACAAUCGUAUUUUGCGAACGUGUCAGUGUUCAGAGGUUCAAUUAGUUUUGAGAAGUCCAAAUAUGCAAGUAUUGAAUUUUUGUCUGGUUUGAAAUCCAUCGAGUGUGAGCCAUACACGUUCGGUUUUUACAACAACCCAAAUCUGGAACAAUUGAACUUCGGACCAUCAACAAACUUCACAUGCCCUUUUUCUAUUUUUGACAACAAACGUUUAGAUGCCAGCGCAUUUUGUGGGAUCAACGAAGGUUUAUUUGAAGUGAUUUCAGAUGGCAAUCUCAAAAAUUGCCCCGGUUGUAUAGGCACCGAAAUGUACAAGAAAACAGCAGAAGACUUUAGAAAUUGCACUUUGGUUACCACUUCUUUGGACUUGCUCUCUUAUCAAUUUAUAGCAAAUGGAUUUGAUUUGACAGCAUUUGGAGAUAUCGAAAAUAUCAGUGCUGAGUUUUCAGUAGUUCGGACAGAUUUUGAAAGUCUAUCGUUUUUGAAAAAUCUGAAAACGAUUAAAGGAAGUGCAUACGACACUGUUUCAUAUGAUAUUGAUAUCAGAGAUAAUCAAAACCUCACCAGAUUAGGGAUUUCAUUGAUCAGGAACUUGAUCCCAAGAAAGCCAGUAUUCCUUGCCAACUUUGAAGCUAACCAUGCCGAUUUUUGUUUCACUAUCGACGAAUUCAAAGUUUUUCUGGAGAACAAAGUGGUUUUCGGAAAUCUGAAUGCGAAAUUAUGUGAAAAUAAGACCACUGCUUGUAUUUUCAAAAAUUUGAAGGACCUGAAAUCCAAUUGCUCUGAAAUUCAAGGAAAUAUAUCUAUAAACUCUGGCGAUGAAGUUUAUAUUGGAAAAUUAAAAUCUGUGAGAUUCAUUUGGGGAUCUUUGACUGUUCAAGACACAAAUAUCACAGAUUUAGCUUUCUUGGAAAGUUUGGAAUACGCGGUGAACUUGAAUAGCACGGGUUCAUGGGUUCAUGGGUUCAUGGGAUCAUGGGUUCAUGGGUUCAUCGGUUCAUGGAUUCCUGGGUUCAUGAAUUCGUGGGUUCAUGGGUUCAUGAGUUCAUGGGUUCAUGAGUUCAUGGGUUCAUGGGUUCAUGGGUUCAUGGGUUCAUGGGUUCAUGGGUUCAUGGGUUCAUGGGUUCAUGGGCUCUACAAUACCGAUUCGUCUGAUCUCGAACAAAAUGCUGGAAAGUGCUAA